AUGGCCCUACUGCCACACUUAAACGCUGGGCGUCAGGAUAACAGUUUCCCUAACAAACAGCAGAUGGCUUACCAGGAAAGUCUCUGUUCAACUCACGCUUCAUUCAACCAGCAGGAGACAGUUCAGCACUACCUAGAGCGAGGCAGCGACGUUCAUGUGCUAAUUCUUGACAGUUGUAAAGCUUUCGACAGUGUGUGGCAUGAUGGUUUGCGGAAGAAGUUGUAUGAUGGUGGAGUAAAAGGAAAACUGUGGACUGUUAUAGACAAGCUGUACCAUGAUAUGGAGAGCUGUGUAUUGAUAGGUAACAUGCAGUCGAGGUGGUUCACUCUUCAGCAAGGUGUACGUCAGGAUGGAGUGUUGUCUGCAAGGCUAUAUCUGCUGUAUAUCAACCAGCUCCUGGACGAUAUUACUGAAGCGAAGAAAGGUGCCCUGAUUAUGUAUUUGAAUACAGGAUGUCGAACUCGAGCCGAUGAAGUAGCCUUGGUUAGUUCCUGUACCUGUAAUCUCAUCUCCCUCCUGAGAACUGGCGCUUCACAUUCUCCCCCAGUAAGACUGAGUGUGUGCAGUGGCUAG